AUGGUGGCUAGCCGUAUGCAGCGCUGGGCUAUUAUUUUAUCCGCGUACACAUUCGAUAUCGAGUACGUGCGUACCGAUAAGAACGGGGCGGACGGUUUGUCGAGGUUACCGAUGACAGGUAAACAACUCGCGGCUCGGCAGGUACCGGAGCAGACUUACUUACACUUUAUACAGGAAGCUUUGCUGUUAGAUUACAAUGAGAUAAAAAAACAUACGACUAGGGACCCAGAUUUAUCGAAAAUACUUAGUUACUUACGGGACGGUUGGCCCACGGAGAAUAGUAUUACUAAUUUGCAACCUUAUUUUAAUCGCAAAAAUGAGUUAUAUGAAGAGCUGGGAUGCGUGAUGUGGGGUCAUAGGUUAGUGGUUCCGGAGACGUGUAGGGAUAGAGUGUUGAAAAUGAUUCAUGAGCCUCACAUGGGAAUAGUGAAAUCUAAGUCUUUAGCACGCAGUUACGUUUGGUGGCCUUCGUUAGACGAGUCUAUACAACGUGUAUGCCAAGGAUGCGAGGUAUGCGCGGCGCAGGCGGACGCGCCGCCGAAGCAAGCCGUACGUAUGUGGCCGUGGCCUAACAGACCUUGGUCACGGAUCCACCUGGAUUUCAUGGGCCCUAUUUUUGGAAAAACGUAUUUAGUGAUCGUAGAUGCAACGUCUAAAUGGAUAGAAGUAUUCCAGGUGCCGAAUACGGCGUCUACGGUAGUUAUUGACAGACUUACGGAGUUAUUCAGUAGAUUCGGGUUAGCUAAACAGAUAAUAACAGACAAUGCGAGCUAUUUCGCCAGCACGGAGUUUAGGAAUUUUACACAAAGUAACGGGAUCGAGCAUAUUUUUACGGCUCCGUACCACCCCGCCUCGAACGGUUUAGCGGAAAACGCAGUGAGAACACUAAAACGCGUGAUUAAGAAAGCGGUGUCAGAGAGACAGAACGUAGACAGGGCUCUCUGGACCUUUUUGAUGCAUUAUAGGAAUACGGAACAUUCGACCACCGGGGAGUGCCCCGCCAUGUUGCUGUUAGGUAGGCGGCUUCGGACCAAACUAGACGCUUUAAAACCGGAUAGGGAGAGGAAAGUAGCUAAGGUACAGCAACAUCAAAGAGAAAUGGCGAAAGGAGUAGAAAGGGAGGUAAACCCAGAGGAUGAAGUGUGGUAUAGGCAGUAUCUUAAGAGAGAAAAGUGGGUCCCGGGUCAGGUCGUGGAAUGUACCGGUCCAAGCAAUUAUAAAGUCAGAGGUCAGGAUGGAGACUUAGUUCAUAGGCACAUCGAUCAGCUUAAGAAACGGUCCACCAGGUUUUCUCUCGCUUGUCCUACUACAAGCUUAAAUCAGGAGUCUAGCACAGAUCCUCAAUCGCCGGCGGCUUUAUCGGAGCAGGUCCAGCCGGAGCGGUCCACACGAGGUGACAUUGAAGCGCCAGUUACACCGGGUAGCUCGACAGGGUCAGAUAAGGUCCAUACGAAUACUCCGGCUUCACCGGAGUUCCAAGAUGCCGUGGAGAGUAACGAGUCUCCGGCUCAGACCCGCCGCCGCAGUACCUCACCGGCUCACGCAAUAACGCCGGAGCCGCGUCCACUGAGACAAUGUAGAAUAAGGAAACCUUUUAAUAAACUUUGA